AUGUGGGUUCUCCAGGCCUUGACCAUCAUGUUGAGCAUCCAAGCGGGAACACUUGACCUGGUGGAAACACCCCCAGUGGUGGGCAAUCUUCCUGUUGCCAUGCCUGCUCCACUCAAUCUCCCUGGAGGCCUCCCUGGAGGCCUCCCUGGAGGCCUAAGUCCCCCAGUCCUCAAAGGACCAGUCAACCAUCAAAUGUUACCUCCUAAAAGGCCUGUACCUCCACCCAAAGGUGGCAAGUGUGCACCUGCAGCCAGAUACUUCCUCUCCAGUGACAAACUCCAUGACUGUAAAGUCACAGGAAAAGUGCCUCUGCCUGUGCCUCUGCCCUUGGCUGAAAUCAUCCCAGCAAUAGUGACAGCAAAAAUAAAUGAAAAUCUGGAAAAAUCCAACUCCUGUGCCAUCGUCCUCAAUGACUUCAACAACUGCAAGAACAUAACCAUUUCCUCCACAACAAUGAAGACACUCGUAAGAGAAGUGGCCAAGAAUAGCUCUGUGCAGAAGGAUGGCCUGGAAGCACAAAUCACCCGUAUAGCGUUUGCCUCCCAGGAGAACAAUACNCUCAGAGUCUUGUAUAAGGUUGACAUAAUAAAGAACGAAGAGCACUUUGCCACUGGGGAGACGAAAUUAUUCAUCUCCCAUGGCAGCAAGAUUUCAAACUCCACACUGAUACCAGAUGUCAAGCUCACAAGGUCUGAGCACAGUGUGGUGCCUCCUGAGGCUAAGGAAGAAGCAGAAGGCAUUUUGUCUGAAGUAGCAAAGGUGGCCUGGUCCAACUUCAGUGAAACGUAUAAAAAGAUGAAUAUUCCUGAAGGUGUGUCUUCAUAUACUUUAACGAACUCCAAUGUCAUAUUGCUGAAAUCAUCAGUAGAUAUCAAUAAGGACAUAAAACCAGAUGCAAGACAUGGGCUUGCCCCACAGCAAAAAUGGUACUCUGUCCCGCACUGUUUCCUCGCCAGCAAGAAAGCGCACGGGACACAAGGAUCCUUCUGCAGCCAGUCUUUAUUGCAUAUUGAUGAGGAAGACAAAGAGUCUCAGAAAGGCGCUGCUUAUAUACCCCCUAGCGUGGCAUGUCCAUGCCUGACUGGUCGCUUACCCAUGAUCUCAUAG